AUGACAGAGAUGACCAAUCUCAAAGCCGAUGUCCUCAUGAACCAAGCUUCCAAUGAGAAAUGCCUGAACGAUUUCGCGGAAACCUUGCGCAAUUACGAGAGAGAGAACCGAGACCUUGCCAGACUCAUCUACCGUUUCUUCGAAGAGAUAGACGCCAUCUGGAAGGUACUCGGAAAGGACAGAACAUGCAACACCGUACUUCGUGAGUACCAAAUUGAAGAAGGAAUUGUCGAGGAAGAAGAGGAAGAAGAGGAAGAAGAGAAACACGAAGAAGAGGAAGUUUGGGCAACCCUUGUUGCCGAUGACACUUACGAAAUUUCCCAACCCUACCCAUACAAAAUCCGCAACAGGGAGACAGGCAAGGUUCUUACCCCAGUCCUCAACAACUUGGGACACUUGAACCUUAACCUUCGGAAUCGCGGUUCAAUUUCCAUGGGCAAGCUUGUCGCAAUUCAAUGGGUUCCAAAUCCAGGCAAGAAGACGAAGGUCAGACACAUUGACGGUGACAAGCUCAACAACCGUAAGGAGAACCUCGAGUGGUUCUAA